AUGGCUUCGGCUGUUGUCUUCACGCUUCUCCUCGUUCUGAGCUGUGGACUCUUGGACGAAGCCGACGCCGGAUGUUCAAGACCAGGUGGGUCACCCUGCAGUUGUCCCUCAGGGUGGACCCGUCAUGGAAAACGUUGCUUCCUCUUCAUGCGGCAUCAAUAUGACUGGGCUUCUUCUGAGCGUACCUGCCACAGACUCGGGGGAAAUCUGGCCUCCUUCCACAGCCGCAGUGACUACGACUUCCUGAGGAACCUCGCCUACAGAGCCACAGGGUACCACCCCAGAACCUGGGUCGGAGCCAGCGAUGCAGUACAAGAAGGUUUUUGGAUGUGGAGUGACGGGUCCAGGUUUGACUAUGUCAGCUGGGGUAGAGGAGAACCGAACAACGCUGGUGGACGAGAGAACUGCAUGGAGAUCAACCUAUUCGGAGGAGAUUACACCAACGAUAUGAGCUGCUCCAUGAGGAAUAAUUUCAUCUGCGCCAAGGCCCUUUAG